CCUCCUCUUAACUUGUAUCACAAAGCUAAAUACGAAAGAAACAUGGGGUUCUUGGGUAAGAGUAUAUUGUCGAGUCUCCUUGCAAUAUGGUUCUUCACUUCCUGUGCUUUCACUGAAGAAGUGAACCAUGUGAACCAAACGCCUUCCUCUGCUCCUGCUCCAUCUCCUUACCACCACGGCCACCACCACCCACAUCCUCCCCAUCACCACCACCCUCACCCUCACCCACCGGCAAAAGCCCCUGUCAAGCCGCCGGUUUCUCCACCUUCUAAACCUCCGGUUAAGCCUCCAGUUUACCCCCCAACCAAAUCCCCGGUUAAGCCCCCAACUAAACCUCCGGUUAAGCCACCAGUUUCCCCACCAGCAAAACCUCCUGUUAAACCUCCGGUUUACCCUCCGACCAAAGCUCCAGUUAAGCCCCCAGUCAAACCUCCGGUUAAGCCACCAGUUUCACCACCGGCCAAACCUCCAAUAAAGCCACCAGUUUCACCACCGGCCAAACCUCCGGUUAAGCCCCCGGUUUACCCUCCGACCAAAGCCCCUGUUAAGCCCCCGACCAAAGCCCCGGCUAAGCCUCCGGUCUCUCCUCCAGCCAAACCACCAGUAUCCCCUCCAGCUAAGCCACCGGUGAAGCCACCGGUUUACCCGCCAAAAUUCAACAGAAGCCUAAUCGCGGUUCAGGGUACGGUCUUCUGCAAAAGCUGCCAGUACGCUUCUUUCGAUUCACUCAUUGGCGCCAAACCCGUUGAAGGUGCUCUUGUGAGACUACUGUGUAAGAGCAAGAAGAACAUAGUCGCGGAGACCAAGACGGACAAGAACGGAUACUUCUUGUUGUUGGGCCCGAAGACGGUGACAAACUACGGUUUCAGAGGAUGUCGUGUGUAUCUUGUGAAAUCAAAGGACUACAAAUGCAAUAAAGUGUCAAAGCUAUUCGGUGGAGAUGUCGGUGCCGUACUCAAGCCGGAGAAAAGGAAGGGGAAAUCUGCGGUGGUCAUUAAUCAGCUCAUCUACGGUAUCUUUAACGUUGGACCGUUUGCGUUCGACCCGGUCUGCCCCAAAUAAAGAUGAUGAUGAUGCUUUGUUACUUUCUUGAUUAUAUCAUGCUCAAAAGAGUUCGAGGGAGACAGAGAGUUAUGUCUUUAUGCGUUCGAAUUGUAAUGUUAGCUAUAGUUUUAAGCUAAAUGCUUGUGUUUUUAUGAAUGUGUCCUUAAGAGACGUCGUUUGGGUUUCGUUUGAAUAAAAAUCGUCAGCUUUAAGAA